UUUCGGAAAACACAAACACUACUCUUUUUGCGGGUGUAAGAAAACGUUCGCUAACUUAGCGUGGGUAUUUACGCCACGAUCCAACCUGCCAAACUUUCCAGAGCUGUUGUUAAUGGUAUGGUAAAACUGCUGGCUCGGCACCGACAACCACAAUGAAUCAUCCCAAGCCACUGCAUUUGGCAGAAACGAUAGAGGAAUUGGAAAAAUCGUAUAUGAAACUGCCCAACCUUAAGGGCAAAGAAUUGGAAAUGAUCUGUAAAUCUGCCCGCAAGUUGAUCGAACUGAGCGAUCGUUACUACCUUGACCGAGAUGAGGAACACGCGUACUGCGGAUACAUGAAGCUUAUGAACCUUACCCAAAGCCUUCGCCGUCAUAAGGAUUACGAGCGCAAGAAAGAUAUGGUCAAGAAGGUGGUUGGUACUCAGUCGGAUUUUAAUACAAUAUUCAAAAAGCUGGGAAAUCUGCAGAAAAGUUUGGUAGAACGCUACGAGGAACAGGCACGCCGGAAGGGGAUACCUUAUGCUGUACCCUCGGCUCGAGAACCCUCCAGCAUAAUCCCAUCCGUACCGGUAACACCGCAAACCGUGGAAUCAUCGACACCGACCGUGAAGCAGACGAUCGAUGCAUCAGAAUUGCACGCCAUGAUCAACGACUGCCGGGUUAGUCUGCUGAUCAUGGACUGUCGAUCAACGGAGGAAUUUGAGGCGUCCCAUUUGCGGUACAACUACUUGGUGCACGUGCCGGAGCAUCUGUUGGUGGGUGGUAUGACCUCGGGAAAGCUAAACAACGCUCUACCGGAGCAUUCGCGUACGCUAUGGUCCAGCCGGAUGGUGAAGGAAUUUGUGGUGCUGAUGGAUUGGAACAGCAGUGGUAUCCCGGCGAAUGAUACACCGAUUUAUGUUCUGAAUAAUAUAUUAUGCCAUUACGAUCAGGAUAUAGACAGCUCGAAGAUUACACGACUCAAUGGCGGAUAUGAAAGCUUUCGAGACCGUUACCCGCAGAGUUGUACGAAUCCUUCGUACCAACCGCCGCAACUCGUGCACACCAAUGGAGUUGAUCUUGAUGAUAUCGAGUAUCCGAGCAUUCACCUAAUUCCCAUGAAGGAGAAUUCAUUCUCAAAACCGGCCAUCAAACCAACGAUCGACCGGGACACGAAGGAAGCUGCUGUUAGCUUGUACCAGUCGAGGCACCAACAUUUGGAAGCAAUUCUCUUCGAGCACGAACAGUUGCUGGAUAAAUCUAGAGAGAAUGCCCUGAAAAUCAUUACGAAGCUGCAGGACCAGCCGGAGUCCGAGUCGGCGGAAGCUCAAGAAUCACUGCUGUAUGAAGUGAUGCAGCUAACGGACCGUCAGCGGGAUUAUGAAACUGAAAAUGAGAGAAUCCUGGAGGAGGAGCAAAAGUAUAAGGAAUUGGAGAAGGAGCAGCAGGAACGAGGAGAGCAAAUUUCCAACCAACAGGCAGAGCAACUCGAACGCGAGGCGCUCGAGCGAAGAUUGCUCGAAAAGGAGCGGCGGUUGCGCGAACAGGAACGGGAACAGCGGGAGCUGAUCGAACGAGGCGAACGGUUGGCCAAGGAACGUGAGGCAAAGCUAGCGCUAGCCCGCCAGCAGAAGCAGCUACUCAAGGAGAACGUGCCCGAGCCGGAGAAUGUAACCUACCCGGAAGAACGCCCUGCAAGUACCCAGUAUUCGGUGGGGCCACGGUUGCCUCAGUUCGAUCGCAACGCCAAACCGCUGGCCGAUCAUAAUCAUAAUCUGCGUACGCGAGACCUCGACGUGGUGCAGCGUGACUUUGCUCCGGUAUACGGGACCGUGGGACGCGGGCUGACGGGUCUGAAGAACCUGGGCAAUACGUGCUACAUGAACAGCAUACUGCAGUGCCUCAGCAAUACGUACUUUCUCAACGAGUUCUUCCACGAUCCAUCGUACAAGGCGCGCCUCAAUCGGAGCAACAAAACGCAGGGCAAAAUCGGUGAAGAGGUGGCCGCGGUUGUAAGGGCGCUCUGGACGGGCCAGUACAAGUGUAUUGCCAGUAAGAAUUUAAGGUAUGUCGUCGGCCAGUACGAGCGACAGUUUGGUGGAAUCGAGCAGCAGGACUCGCACGAAUUUCUGACCAUACUCAUGGACUGGCUGCACUCCGACCUGCAGACAAUACAGAUGCAUAUGUCGACCAGCUUCGAUAAGUUGCCAGCGUCGGAGAAGGCAUGGAUCGAGCACUUCAAGGGCAAGAGUAGCUACAUCUCCGAGCUGUUCUACGGGCAGAUCAAGAGCACGGUCAAAUGCAAACGAUGCGAACAGGAGAGCGCCACGUACGAAUCGUUUUCGAAUCUCAGCCUCGAACUGCCACAGGAUUCGAACAUUUGUUAUCUGAAGAACUGUCUCGAUAUGUACUUCCACGGGGAGGAGGUGCGCGGCUGGCACUGCCCGAAGUGCAAGAGCAAUCAGGACGCGAUCAAAAAGCUGGACAUCUCGCGCCUCCCGUCCAUCCUGGUGGUCCACUUCAAGCGUUUCUACGCCGAUCCCGACGCCAUGGCGACGGUGUACCGGAAGAAGCAGACGCUCGUCAAGUUUCCGCUGAACGAGCUCAACAUGACGGACUACCUGGCCCGCACGGAGGUGAUGCGAAACCAGCGGCUGAAGACGCACCGGUACCAUCUGUACGGCGUAUCGAACCACUACGGUUCGAUGGAGAGCGGCCACUAUACGGCAUUCUGUUUAAACAAUGUGCACCAAAAAUGGUUCAAGUUCGACGACUACAAUGUGUCAAGCAUUGAUGCCUCGGAUGUGCAGGCCAGCGCAGCGUACAUUCUGUUCUACUCCUUGUUUCCCGACCGACCACAAUCCGACGUGCGAUAGGAGCACUCAUUGCUUCUAAUUAAGAAAAAAACACAUCU